AUGGGGCCCCCGGGCAAUAGGGGAUCAUGGGGCCCCUGUGUCCUUGCCCAAACUCAAAAAAGCCUAUUAAAAAGGUACCAGGGGCAUCUCAUGGGGCCCCCUACUGACCCCGGGCCCUCCAAAUGUACAUCCUAGCCAUUCCUCUCCGGCAGGUCACAUCAGGCAUCACUUCUGCUCAGGGGCAGACUGACAACUCAUGGAGCCCCCGGGCAUUCGGGGAUUACGGAGCCCCUGUGUCCUUGCCCACCCAAACUCAAAAAAGCCUAUGAAAAAGGUACCAGGAACAUCUCAUGGGGCCCCCUACUGACCCCGGGCCCUCGGGCAGUGCCUGAGUUUCCAAAUGGUCAGUCCACCUCUGCUUCCACCU